AUGGUUAAAAGAGAAUCAAUAACGAUUGCCGACGAAGGAAUUGAAGAAAUAAUAAUAAAUGAAAAGACGGGAGAGCAAACGAACGAAGAGUUUGCCGCUGAUGAUUUGAGCAGUUUUGAAGAUACCACAACGUCUACAGACUCGUCCACACCGUCAAUUGCCGACUCACCAGACCCGAAAUCAGAUCAACGCGUGGCACUCACUCGCACCCUAGAAGCGCUUCGCGAGAAUCCAAAUGACAUUUCGCUUCUCAUUUCUCUCUCUGACGGCUACAUUACCCUCAAUGAUCUCGAUCUCGCACUCGAAUGUCUCGAUCAUGCAAUAGAACUGGAUCCACGCAGCACAGAAGCGCUUGGGAAACGAGGAGACUUGUAUCAAGAGUUGGACAGACACAACGAAGCACUUGAAGAUUUUACUAAAUCGCUCAAGAUAAAACCAAAUGACAGUUUUACUCUAGCGGGAAGAGGUGCUGUAUAUAGAAUGCCAGAAGAUGUCAUUGCAUUGGGCGAUCGUGGUGAAGUGUACUAUUUGAUGGACAAUUUGGAGGAUGCGCUUGAUGACUUUGCUGCUGCCUUGGAAUUGGACCCUAAAAACAUCUUUGCGUUGACAAAGAGAGGUGCAGUAUUUUAUCGUCUUGCUGCAUACGAGAAUGUGUUGGAGGAUCUCAAUAAAGUGUUGGAACUAGAAGAAGACAAUGCAUUUGCACUAAGAUAUAGGGGAUCUGUAUAUGGUCUAUUGGGCAAAUACGAUGAAGCAUUAGAAGACAUGAAUCACGCGUUGAGGCUAAAUUCCGACGAUGCCACACGCGGCAGAGUAUAUUACAUGCUAGAAUGCUACGAGGAUGCACUUGCAGAUCUGGACACUGCUCUAGAAAUAAAACCUGCCAAUGGUUUUGCUCUUCGUACUCGCAGUCGUGUUUACCACAUGUUGAACAGAUUCGAAGAUGCUCUCGUCGAUUUAAACAAGGCUCUCGAACUCGAACCGAAUGACACAUCUGCUAGAGCAAGUAGAGGAGAAGUGUUUAGAGUGUUGAACAAAUAUGAAGAGGCGCUUGUCGAUCUUGACUGGGCUUUGAGACAGGAUCCUGAAAACGUAUACGAGGAAGCACUACUAGACCUCGACAAGGCAGUCAACCUCGAGCCUAACCAUGUAUGGGCUCUAUGUUAUCGUGCGCAAGUAAACCACGCUCUUGGCAGUUAUCAAAAGGCUCUGCAGGAUCUUGAUAAGGCUUUAAUAGUACAGAAUGAACAUUGGUUUCCGCUUGUUGCUCGUGGAGCAGUGUACAGGUCGCUUGAAAAAUACGAUAAAGCUCUGAGCAAUUUUAAUCAAGCGCUUCAAUACGAACCGGAAGAUGAUUUUGAUGUUCGGUAUCAAAAUGAGGCGUUAAUUCAUCGAGGAGGCAUAUAUGGCAUACUUGAGCAUUAUGAGGAGGCUCUGAGGGAUCUCGACAAGGCAUUACAAGUCGAGCCAGAAAGUGUGUUUGGAUUAUGCGAGCGAGGUGCCACAUACAGAGCAAUGGGAGAGUAUGGUUUGGCUCGAGCUGACCUGGAAAAGGCACUCACGCUCGAUCAUGCAAAUCAACUUGCAUUAGGCGAGUUGGAUAAAAUUAAUAAGUUGCUCAUGAAAGGCAAUGAAGAACAAGAUCAUACGAGUUGCAAGGGUGAAAGUGAGAGUUAA